GGGCACUCACUCACAGCUGCGCGUGGGACGGGAGCAUAUUCGCGCGCACUCGGCUUCUUGUAGCGCAUGCAUCGCUCCAUCUUAUUUCAAUGGGCUGCGGUGGGAGUCGAGCAGAUGCUCUUGAACCGCGAUAUCAUGAGAGCUGGACCAGAGAAACCGAAUCGACGUGGCUUACCAACACUGAUGCUGAAAUCCCCAACGGCGUGACUUCUAAGAACCGCGUCGUGCGUUGAGAAUCUAGCCAUCUUAUUAGAGACCAUUCAAAACUAUCAGGUAUAUGCUGUAUGGAGGCCAGAUCCUGUGGAGACAGAGGCAGACAGAUGGUUAAUGCUGGAACUCAAUGUGGAAAGCAGGGUUUGACUUCCAGCACCUGCACAAAAACAUCCUGCAGUCAUGAGCAGAUAUGUGACUCAAAGCAGACAACGCACAAGGAGGAAACUAAUCAUACUGAAGGGGUUUCAUCUAAUGCUGCAUCUAACCCAAGGGAGCCAUGAGGGGAAAACAACCCCAUCUUUGUCUGAUGCAGAGGAUAUACUCCGAAACCCAGAGGAGUUCAGCCAUGUGGAUUAUGGGCUAUAUAAGAAACCAUAAGCUGUAAAGAGAAAAAGAGCUUCAUGAGAGAUGAUAUCUUAUUAAUGCACACUUAGCCUAUAGAAAUAUGCUUUGCUUUAGUUUGUUGCAAAACUGGGUUAAAAAGAUGCAUCUGAUCAUUAGCAUGGCAAAUAUAGAUUUUAGUCAACCCUGAUAUCGUCACAGGAGUUACUAAGCAGAGCACAUUCAUAACGUUAAUAAAGUCAAGUUCGUAAAAUACAUUUACGUUCAUAAUGUUGCACAAAGGAGUUAUUGCUCGCAAUUAAUAAUAGCUCUCAGAAUUUCA